AAAAUGGCUACAAGUCCACAUAGGAGUGGGCAUGAACGCAGGAAACGACUGCGCUUCAAAAAGAUCGGAAUUGAAAAGAAAUUGAAGAAGGGGGACGAAAUAAAGGAAAUGGAAACGAUUGCCAUGCGUACAUCCACUUUGAGAUAUUUCUCUGAUUUCCCUCUGUCGAGCAGAACGUUUCGUGCUCUCAAAGAACUUGAGUAUGAAGAGCCAACAGAUAUUCAAAAAGAGUCGUUGCCCUUCACACUCAGUGGACUGGACGUUGUGGGCGCGGCAAAAACGGGAAGCGGAAAAACUCUUGCACUUAUUUUGCCGGUACUGGAAUCUCUUUGGAGAUCGGGAUGGUCCAGCUACUGUGGCCUGGGGGCACUAAUCAUAUCUCCCACGAGAGAACUCGCUCUUCAAACCUUCACCAUUAUAAAUCAUGUGGGAAAGUAUCACGAGUUUUCGUGUGCCCUACUGAUUGGGGGUACUGAUGUUGUGUAUGAAAGGAGCCGUGUUGGUAAAGUUAACAUUAUAAUCUGUACCCCUGGUCGGCUGCUGCAACACAUGGAUGAGAAUGAAAAUUUUCUUUGCGAUCAGCUUUUGAUACUGGUACUUGACGAGGCGGAUCGAAUUUUGGAUAUGGGUUUCAGCCAACAGAUUAAUGCUAUCGUUGCCAAUUUACCUCGAGAACGCCAGACUUUGCUGUUUUCCGCCACUCAAACGCGAAAUGUAAAGGACUUGAGUCGUGUCUGUACCAGGGAUCCGGUGUUCGUAUCAGCGCAUGAACAUUGUGCACAUGUCACACCUGAUCGUUUAGUACAGUAUUAUAUAAUAUGUGAGGACCAUGAUAAACUCAAUACGUUGUGGUCUUUCAUUAUCAAUAAUAAGAAGUCCAAAGUUAUUGUAUUUGUUUCUAGUUGCAAACAGGCUCGUUUUUUAACUGAAGCUUUCUGUCAUCUCCGUCCUGGUCUGCCUGUGAUGGGAUUGUGGGGUACUAUGAAUCAAAAGAAACGUGUCGAAGUGUUUCAAAAGUUUGAGGAUAAGGAGGCAGCCGUCAUGUUCGCAACUGAUGUUGCUAGUCGUGGCCUCGACUUUUCCGACGUGAAUUGGGUCCUUCAAGUGGACUGCCCCGCUAGUGUACAAGACUAUAUUCAUAGGGUUGGCCGAACAGCUCGGUUAAAUCAGACUGGGCAUCUGUAUAAUAAUAUUGCAGUGUCAGCACUGGUUGAUGUACGGGCAAAGAUGCAGGCGAUACUCUCUCAAUUCCCUGAACUUAAACAGUUUGCCCAAAAGAGUAUUGUUGCAUAUCUUCGAAGUGUCUUUAUGAUGCAUAACAAAAAAGUCUUCGAUGUUAGCACCAUUGAUGCCGCUGCGCUAGCCGCAUCAUAUGGACUUAUUACUGUGCCCAGAGUACGGUUCCUAAGCAAAAGAAGGAUGAUGCUUAAGGUAGUGAAGUGUAAUAAGAGGUUUUCUUUUCUCUACUUUUUUCUGUUGAUGUCUUUUCAGAACGAUGCUGUCGAGAAAAAAACGAACUCGAAGGUUGUUACGAAGAUAAGCUCUGCCAAAAAGCUGUUGAAUAAAAAAUUGAAAGUUAACACAAGAAAGGUGUAUGAUGAGAAUGGAGAAGUUAUUAAGGUGCUGUCGGUUUCAUGUAUCUUAGUUCUCUUGUUGCUUUUAGUCACCUAA